CAUCAUCCGAGCUUGCGACAUGAGGUAGUUGGCCAAUGGCGUUCAUUCUGCCUUUUGCCCCGUUCCAAGCAGCAGCAGCCAUGACAUCGCCGAUCGCCGCCCAGUUCAUCCAGAAGGCCCACGCGCUCUUCUGCGACGCGCCGACGCACAUUGCGCAGUGGGCGCACGAGGGCACGACGCUCUUGAUCCACGACCCGCACCUCUUCGCCCACGACGUCUUGCCCAAGUACUUCAAGCACAACAACUUUCUCUCGUUCGUGCGCCAGCUCAACUUUUAUGGCUUCCGCAAGUUCAAGAGCAAGUUUGCGACGCGCUUGUCGUGGGAGUUCCACCACGACCUCUUCUUGCGUGACCAGCCCGAGCUCCUGUGCCAAAUCAAGCGCAAGGCGCACCUCGAACUCGUCGAGAAGGAAAACCCGGUCGAGGACCUCCGCCACGAGAUUUCGGUCAUGCAAACCCAGUUUGAUGCGCUCACGCAGCAGGUGAAGCAACUCACGUCGGCGGUCGCGUCUCUCGCACGGGCGCAGUCGUCGGAAGCGCCAUUGCCCGAAGCGCCAACGCCCGUAGCGCCGCCGGCCGCACCGAAGAAGCGCAAGCGCGUCGACGACGAAGAAGCUGGCUGGGCGCCGCUGGACAUUGACGGCAAGAGCGACAGCUUCUCUGCGGACGAGAUGGACAUGGUUGAGGACGUCCUUGACGCACUGGAGCGGCCGACGGUCAUGCCGCCGUGGAAGCCGCUCACGUGGAUGUGCAUCCGUCGCCGCCGAGUCGCCUAAGCGCAUCCCAUACCAUAAUUUAAUCGACCCAAUCUUAUUUUAGCUUAUUGCACUCUGUUG